AUGCCAAAUAAGACUUCAGUUGGAGAAUUCAUUCUUCUGGGACUUACGAACGACCCAGAGUUACAAGCCAUAAUAUUCUUUUUUAUGUUCAUCACAUACUUACUAAGUGUAAGUGGAAACAUGGCCAUCAUUAUACUAACACUGACAAAUGUUCAUUUGAAAACUCCUAUGUAUUUUUUCCUGAGGAAUUUCUCUUUCUUAGAAAUUUCAUUUACAACAGUAUGUGUUCCAAGAUUUCUGAUCAGCAUUGCUACAGGAGACACAACCAUUUCCUACAAUGCCUGUAUGGCCCAAGUAUUUUUUUUAAUACUUCUGGGAGCGACUGAGUUUUUCCUCCUGGCUGUCAUGUCCUACGACCGCUAUGUGGCCAUCUGCAAACCUCUACAUUACCAGACCAUCAUGAGUCACAAAGUCUGCAACCAGCUUGUGAUCAGCUCCUGGCUAGCCGGUUUUCUUGUGAUUUUCCCCCCAGUGAUUAUGGGCCUCAGGCUGGAUUUCUGUGACUCCAACGUUAUUGAUCACUUCACCUGUGACUCUUCACCUAUGCUGCUGAUUGCUUGUACAGACACACAGUUUCUAGAGCUUCUGGCAUUUUUCUUAGCAGUGCUCACACUUAUGGUGACUUUGGCCUUGGUGAUUCUCUCCUGUACACUCAUCCUUAGGACAAUUCUGAAGAUUCCAUCUGCUCAGCAAAGAAAAAAGGCCUUUUCUACUUGUUCCUCUCAUAUGAUUGUGGUUUCUAUUUCUUAUGGAAGUUGUAUUUUCAUGUAUGUCAAAACAUCUGCAAAAGAAGGUGUGGCCCUCAGCAAAGGUGUAGCAGUGCUCAAUACCUCUGUAGCUCCCAUGCUGAAUCCCUUUAUUUACACGUUAAGGAAUCAGCAGGUAAAACAGGCUCUGAGAGACUUCGCCAAGAAAAUGUUGUCAUCAAGCAAGCACUGA